AUGCUUGUUGUGGCAAGUUCUUCAUCAGUCAAAUUCUCCAAGCAAGGUUUGCCAAGAAACUCCUGCUCUCCCCUCCUGGGCUCUCUCCUGCAUUUCGCUCAACCAGCCUAUCGUCGUCCGGCUGUUUUUUUUCGGCCCUUCCCUGUUUUCCAACCCAAUUUGUCGCACAGCACAGCACCCUCCUUAUUAUCAACAAAUUCAAGAAAAUACAACUCCACUCACUUCCACACACACACACACAUUUAUCUACGCUGCCAAACCUAG